AUGACAAGCGACGGCACACCCACCUCAUAUAUUGGCCUGAUCGCCGCAAAUGGGUCAUUUGAUCCGGGUGCGUUUCAUUACCAACGGACCAACAAGCCUGCCCAGCCUGCACCGCCUGCCGAGAGCGGUGACGGAAAAAGCCGAAACCCUCCCAAACUUGCAACUGACAACCUGCAAAUUCGGCCCAAGAAAAACUAG